AUGACGCCCCGCCGCACCCCGGCACCCGCCCUGCUGCUUCUGCUGCUACUCGGCGCGGGGCCCCGCAGCGGCUGCCUGGCCAGCCCGGUGCCCGCUGCGCCCCUGCCCGUGCCGGGGCCAUGCAGCGCGCAGCCCUGCCAGAACGGGGGUGUGUGCUCCCAGCUCCCUGCGCCCGACCCUCAGUCCCCGGCCGCCGCCGGCGAGCCCAGCUACAGCUGCACCUGCCCCGCGGGGGUCUCUGGCACCAACUGCCAGCUUGUUGCAGAUCCUUGCGCCAGCCACCCCUGUCACCAUGGCAACUGCAGCAGCAGCGGCGGCGGCGAUGGCUACCUCUGCAUUUGCAAUGAAGGCUACGAAGGUCCAAACUGUGAACAGGCGCUUUCCAGCGUCCCCGCCUCUGGCUGGACCGAGUCCACAGCACCCAGGCAACUUCAGCCUGUCCCUGCCACCCAGGAGCCCGAGAUAAUGCUCCCACGCUCUCAGGCAACCAUCACCCUGCCGACGUGGCAGCCGAAAACGGGCCAGAAAGUUGUAGAAAUGAAAUGGGAUCAAGUGGAGGUGGUUCCAGACAUUGCCUGUGGGAAUGCCAGUGCCAACAGCUCUGCAGGGGGCCGUCUGGUAUCCUUUGAAGUCCCACAGAACACCUCGGUCAAAAUUCGGCAAGACGCCACUGCCUCGCUGAUUUUGCUGUGGAAGGUCACGGCGACAGGAUUUCAGCAAUGCUCCCUCAUCGAUGGUCGGAGCGUAACCCUCCUCCAGGCUCCUGGGGGCCUUGUUCUCUUGGAGGAGAUGCUUGCCCUGGGGCAGAAUCACUUCAUUGGUUUUGUGAAUGAUUCUGUUACUAAAUCCAUCGUGGCGUUGCGACUGACUCUGGUGGUGAAGACCAGCACCUGUGUGUCGGGCGAGAGCCGUGCAAACGGGCUGGAGUGCUCUGGGAGAGGAAGGUGCUCCACAAAGCCAUCAGAGGCAACAUUUUCCUGUAACUGUGAUGAUCAAUACACGGGUACUUUCUGUGAAGAGUUUGAUGCCUGCCAGAAGAAACCCUGCCAGAACAAUGCCAGCUGUGUUGAUGCAAAGGAAAAGCAAGAUGGUGGCAACUUCACCUGUGUCUGCCUUGCUGGUUAUACUGGAGAGCUCUGCCAAUCCAAGAUUGACUACUGUAUCCUAGAGCCAUGCAGAAAUGGAGCAACAUGCGUUUCUAAUCUCAGUGGAUUCACCUGCCAAUGUCUGGAAGGCUACCUGGGCUCCACCUGCGAGGAGAAGGUGGACCCGUGCGCCUCGGCGCCCUGCCAGAACAACGGGACCUGCUACGCCGACGGGCUGCACUUCGGCUGCAGCUGCAGCGCGGGCUUUACGGGCCCAGCGUGCGCGCAGCUUGUGGACUUCUGUGCGCUCAGCCCCUGUGCCCAUGGCACGUGCCGCAGUGUGGGCACCAGCUACAAGUGCCUCUGUGACCCAGGCUAUCAUGGCCUCUACUGUGAGGAGGAAUACGACGAGUGUCUCUCCGCCCCGUGCCUGAAUGCUGCCACCUGCAGGGACCUUGUCAACGGCUACGAGUGCGUGUGCCUGGCAGAGUACAAAGGAAUCCACUGUGAAUCCUACAAGGACCCAUGCGCUAAUGUCAGCUGUCUGAACGGAGGCACCUGUGACAGCGAAGGUCUCAAUGGCACCUGUGUCUGCGCACCAGGAUUUACAGGGGAAGAGUGUGACAUCGAUAUCAAUGAAUGUGACAGUAACCCCUGCCAUCAUGCCGGCACCUGCCUGGACCAGCCCAAUGGUUACACCUGCCACUGCCCACAUGGCUGGGUGGGAGCAAACUGUGAAAUCCACCUCCAGUGGAAGUCUGGACAUAUGGCGGAGAGUCUAACCAACAUGCCUCGGCACUCUCUCUACAUCAUCAUCGGCGCCCUCUGUGUCGCCUUCAUCCUGAUGCUCAUCAUCUUGAUUGUGGGGAUCUGCCGCAUCAGCCGCAUUGAGUACCAGGGCUCGGCCCGGCCAGCUUACGAGGAGUUCUACAACUGCCGCAGCAUCGACAGCGAGUUCAGCAACGCCAUCGCCUCCAUCCGGCAUGCCAGGUUUGGAAAGAAAUCCCGGCCUGCGAUGUAUGACGUGACCCCCAUCGCCUAUGAGGAUUACAGCCCUGAUGACAAGCCCUUGGUCACACUGAUUAAAACAAAAGAUUUGUAA